AUGGCGGACCCACAUGCGGGAGGGCCCGAGAGCCCUCCCACAAACACUCAAGAAAGCACCGACGGCUUCACUAGGGAAGACCUCGCAACCAGAACCACCGUCGAGAACCGGAAGCGAACCCGGAGUGGAGAUGCCUUCAGUCCUUCGGAUCCAGCCGGUCGAAUCACCACCAAGGAGGAGGUCAAGCACAACCAGCAUGUUCUCCAGGAACAGAACGAGAAGCUAUACGAUAAGGUAAAGGCGCUGCAGACACAAAUCGAGACCAACCCCCCGGCGACAGCAACCAAGACCUAG